GUCUGUCGUCAACAUGUUAAUCUAGCUCGACAUUUUAGUGAAAGUUUUCAAAAAAUCGAUUCCAAAAUCAUUUGAAACUUUCCUACGUUGCGGAAAAAAAGUGAAAAACUGAUUAAAAAUCCAAACUAAGUUCAUGCUAAACCAAAGUAUUGAUAAAGUUUGUUUUCUCUUUCCUUGGAAGUGCACAAUGGAGCUGUCUCACAGCUUGACUCUAAACGAAGAAGCGCUUAGCCAGAUACCAGAGCAUAAGCGACCUGUUUUCAUAUUCGAAUGGCUCCGUUUUCUGGACAAGGUUCUGGUCGCAGCUCAAAAAUCUGAUAUCAAAAGCUGCCAGAAAAAGUUAGUAAACCAGUUGACCCAGCACAUUCAAGGAUCACCGGGACCGCCAACGAGAAAACUAAUUGCCAGAUGCUUGGCAACUCUAUUUUCGGUAGGAGAUACCUUCCUACUUUUCGAGACGGUUAACAAAUGCAACGAUAUUCUGAAGAACAAAGAUGAUUCUCCAAGCUAUCUAGCCACUCGGUUGGCAGCAAUUUGUGUCGUGGGUUGUAUGUACGAAAAGCUGGGACGUAUGAUGGGUCGAUCAUAUGAAGACACGGUACAGAUUUUGAUCAAAUCAUUGAAAAACGCUGAAUCGCAGGUACGGAUUGAGAUUAUGCUUACCCUGGAAAAAGUUUGUGCCGGAAUGGGAACAGCUAUUUCAAACGUGCACAAAGAUAUAUACAAAGCCGUACGCUAUUGUUUGACGGAUCGAGUCAUGGCUGUCCGAGUUGCUGCUUCUAACUGUUUACUGGAAAUGACCAGUCACGCUCCGUUCCUGUACACUACAGAAUUGGAAAGUUUAGCUUCGUUGUGUUUCCGAGCCUUCGAUAGUUGCAACUACGAAGUCAGAUGCGCAGUGGCCAAACUUCUGGGUACCUUGAUAGCUUGUACCCAGAAUGGAAGUAUGAAGAAUUUUAACAAUAUGACGACAUCUGCUUCAAGCACUAAAUCAUUACGGACCACUUCACUGGAUGAAGCACUAGGAGUGCUAAUGGGUGGAUUUCUGCGAGGAGGAGUAUCUUUUCUUAAAGGAACUGGAGAAAUUAUAAAAGGAAGUUCUGGUGUUAACCGUGAAGUACGGGUCGGUGUCACGCAUGCCUACGUAGUAUUCGUUCAAACCAUGGGAGGACUUUGGCUCGAGCGAAAUAUUCAAGCAUUCCUUGUUCACGUCCUAGAUUUGGUUGCCAAUCCGAAAGCAGCUUCAUCGCAUGUAGAUGCUGUAUACUCUAGAAAAUGUAUUAAUUUUAUACUCAGAUCUGUCAUCGGGAAAAUGCUUGGCGAAAAGGCUCAAAGCUCAGCUUGCAAAGAAUUGAUACAUAUUAUAGCAAAACAAAUGAAUUCCAUUGAUUUCAAUCCAGAAAAUGCUAAAGAUUCUAAUCAAGAAACACUCUUCAGUCAACAUUUGUUGGUAUGUGCUCUUCAAGAGCUUGGAAGCUUAGUGCUCCUCCUGGGAACAACCGCACAGAAUUUAUUGACCGAUCAAUCUUUAAAUUUUAUUGAUGCAACUUGUGCUGUUCUCAUUCAUCCGUGUAUGGCGGCUCGAUUGGCAGCCGCCUGGUGUUUGCGUUGUGUGUGUGUUGCUGUUCCAAGCCAAAUUACUCCGUUGAUCGACCGCUUCAUCGAGGCGAUCGAAAAGAUGCGCACAUCUCCUGACGCAAUUUCAGGAUAUAGCGGUGCGCUUUCUGCAGUUCUUGGAGGAGUUAGGAACUCUCCGCUUGGCAUUCCACACACCAGAGGCAAAGUAAUAUUCAACACCGCUGAAGAACUACUGCGAACCGCCAGCCAAAACAGUCGUCUUUCGCUAAACCGAACACAAGCCGGCUGGCUUCUCAUCGGUUCUAUCAUGACACUUGGUGUACCGGUUGUGAAGGGUUUGCUACCGCGAAUGCUUCUUCUCUGGCGCAAUGCAUUCCCUCGAUCCACUAAAGAAUUGGAAUCAGAAAAGGCUAGAGGUGAUGCAUUCACGUGGCAGGUCACUUUAGAAGGUCGAGCCGGCGCUCUUUCUGCGAUGCAUAGUUUUCUACUCCAUUGCCCAGAAUUGAUCACGGAUGAUAUAACUCGAAGACUUUUGACUCCGAUCGAAAGUGCUUUGGCCAUGCUAAUUAAUAUAACAACUGUUCUUAAAAGCUACGGUCAGCAACUUAAGGCCCCAACAGCAAUGGUACGUCUUCGUUUGUAUGAAACAUUAUCACUCCUACCGGCAAGUGCUCUAGAAUCCUCCUACACGCACCUGCUACGUAUGCUGGUCUCCGAAUUUACGCUCACGGAAAAUCCCGCCAAUACCACUACUUCCUUGCUGCGACAAAUGUGUCACGCUGACGAUUCCAUCAUCCUUGGAACUUGGCUACAGGAAACUGAUCAUCGCACUAUCGAAGAUCAGAUGGAACCAAACCGUAAAGCUGACGGUGAAUAUCUUCAACCAAACAGCGCCGCUGGUUCUGGUGCCUUGGAACACGACCCAUGUUGUCUAUACCGCGUCGUGACCAAUGGAGAUCAAUGCCCUGGACCACUUCCUUUGGGCGUUGCUGUCAUUGACAUGUCGGUGACGUUAUUCGGUCUCAUUUUCCCCAAGGUGGCCAAUAAGCACCGUCUUCAAAUGUUGGAACAUUUUGGCGAGUGUAUUAAACAUUCCAAGAGUUCCCGUCAGGAGGCAGUUCAAAUGAACAUUUUCACUGCCCUGCUAAGUGGACUAAAAGGAUUAACCGAAACAAAAACCGGAAUCGGGCAAGAUGAGGUUCGUAAGAGUGCAACGAAUUUGAUAAUUGGUGCACUAAUCAGCGCUAAUCCGAUAUUACGCUGCGCUGCUGGAGAAGCGCUUGGAAGAAUUGCGCAAGUCGUUGGUGACUCUAGAAUUACUGCUGAACUUGCUCAAACCAGUUUUGAUAGGCUGAAGUCUGCGAGAGAUGUGGUGACCAGAACUGGACACUCCCUAGCAUUGGGUUGUUUGCAUCGUUACGUCGGUGGAAUGGGAUCUUCGCAACACUUAAACACAAGCGUGUCUAUACUGUUGGCGUUAGCUCAGGAUGGUAGUUCUCCCGUUGUUCAAGUGUGGUCUUUGUACGCCUUGUCAUUGAUAGCAGAUUCCGGCGGACCAAUGUUUAGAGGGUACGUAGAACCAGCACUCUCUUUGGUUUUGAAACUUUUGCUUUCGGUGCCACAAUCACACGUUGAUGUCCACCAAUGCAUCGGGAGAGUUCUUAGUGCAUUAAUCACAACUAUUGGCCCAGAACUGCAAGGAAACAACACAACGAUAUGCACAGCACGGUCCUCGUUCCAGUGCGCAGCCGCAAUCAUGCAAGCGCAUUCUGACCCAUUGGUCCAAGCAGAAGCGACUGGAUGUUUGCAACAGCUUCAUUUGUUCGCACCUCGUCAUGUCAAUUUAUCGACUUUGGUUCCGAAUUUGUGUCAAAAUUUGAGUAGUAACUAUUUGAUGCUACGCAAGGCGGCCGUUUCAUGUCUUCGUCAAUUGACAACGCGCGAAGCCAAAGAAGUUUGUGAACACGCUCUAAGUCUUGUCAAUGAAGACGAUGGUUUCGCUCUAACUGAUUACGGUUUACCGGGUGUGCUAUUCGGGAUGUUGGACACCGAGAGUGAUCAGAUAAUGAUAAAAAAUAUUCAUGACACAAUAACGUCAAUGUUGCAGAUUCUAGCUGCAGAUAACUUGUCACAAUGGUUAAGUAUGUGUAAGAAUGUGCUGACUGUAACAUCGGAAGCUGCUGGACCAGUCGAAACUACUACUUCUGUCAAAGAGGAAGCUGAAGAUGCUGACGACGACAAUGAAGCCGAUGAUGAUAAUAUCGAAUUUCAUGCUGAAGAUAACCAAGCAACUCAUCCGGCUGUUCAACCUCGAUGGCCAACGCGAGUUUUUGCGGCCGAAUGUGUUCGUAAAAUUAUUGCGACAUGCGAAAAUGCAAGUUCUGUUCAUUUCGAUCUUCUGCAUGCGAAAGAAAUGCAAAUCACCAAAUCGCGUGGUGAUUAUUUGGUUUUGCAUUUGUCUGAUCUUAUUCGUAUGUCGUUCAUGGCAGCCACUAGUGACUCCGAUCAGCUCCGGCUAGAGGGAUUAAAAACUCUACAAGAAAUAAUUGACAAAUUUGCACGAGUCCCAGAACCAGAAUUUCCUGGUCAUCUACUACUAGAGCAAUUUCAAGCCCAAGUUGGAGCCGCCUUGAGACCCGCGUUUUCUCAAGAUACGCCAUCACACGUUACAGCAGCAGCAUGUGAAGUUUGCUCUGCUUGGAUUGGAUCUGGUGUAGCCAGAGAUCUCAAUGAUCUUAGACGUGUUCAUCAGCUAUUGGUAUCCAAUUUGAGUAAAUUAAAUGAUAGGACAAAUAGUACUCAACUUUACAACGAAAGUAUGGCCACAUUGGAAAAAUUAAGCAUUCUUAAGGCAUGGGCUCAAGUAUACAUAAUGGCUAUGAUAGGAAAUGGCACUGCUCCAGCAAGCUCAUUACUGAAAUGCCUUUCGUCUUCUGCUAACGGCGUCACUACGUUGAUAAAUGAAGCCGAUCGUUCAAAAGCAGAGGAUGAAUUUGGAGAUUUUGAAAGUCGAGGAGAAAGUCUUCUAACUUUAGUUCAGCCGGAGUUGUCUAAUUUAUCGACUCAUUGGUUGGCCGCUUUGAAGGAUUACGCUUUGCUUUCGCUGCCAUCUGAAUACGCCAGCCAACUUCCACAUGAUGGUGGCGCAUUUUACACGAAUGACACUAUGAAUCUAUCGAAACCACAUUACUUAACGUCGUGGCCAUCAAUAUUGUACGCCGCAGGGCUUUGGUUAAAUGCAGAAGGAUUCACUUCAAUGGAAAGCACUGCAGUUUUAGAGCCCAAUGAAGCAGACAAAGAGAACGCAAAUGAUAUACCGAGUAGUUACAAGAUUAACACUGCUCAGACCAGUGGAAGCAUUAGUAACAGUACGAUCUCCCACGGAAGCCUCAGUGCAGAUCGGUUCCACUUGCUAUUUGGAAUAUGUAUGGAAGCACUGUGCAGUACAAGAACCAAUGAAAAAUUAGAGAGCGUAAUUGCAUGCUUGCAGGCUUUAUAUACCAUUUUCGAUUCUAAAUGGUCUAGAUCUAUGUUGACAAAAAAUCAAACAAUUAUCGUCGAGCUGUGCAAUGUGCUACAUAGAUUGAUCUUGACAAGAGACAGCGUCGAAGUCCAAUAUUUAUGCAUUUCCAUUCUUAAGCAAACAAUAACGGCUGCCAAUGAAAAUCUGGAAACAGAAAAGCACAAAAAAUUGUCAGAAAUGCAAAACAAAUCCGGUAAUGACAACGAAGAGAAUCCGGAUAUUGACAAUCUUGGUGAAGGCGGUGAAGAGGGCGAGCUUCUACCUGGAAAAUCCCAUGUAUAUGCUAUUUUGGAAGUGAUUUUGUGCUUACUGGCCCGUCAGAUACCGGCAAUGAACCCAACACAAAGUGCGCGUGUUGCUAAUGAGCAAAUACAACGGCAAAUGGCUCAAGCCAAGAAUGGACUGUUUGAACUGUCGGAUGACAAUAGUCUCCUGGUUGCAGCUGCCAUCCAUAGUAUGACGGAUCUCACAAAACUUUGUUCCCCAACCGGAGCUGUUUCAAUUCUUCCGACCAUACUGUUCCUUACAACCGGAACUAUUAAGGAAAUCGCCACCAAAUCGGUAAACGAUGAAACCAUUCUAGCUAAUUCCAAUGUAAUACAGUCGGCACUUCAGCUUUUGAAGUUGUUAGCCACAGACCGAUACAGCAAACACGAGGCAUCAGCUGAUGGCUGGAAGAAGCUGUUACAAAGUGCUCUUGGGAAAAUAAUCGAUCUCACCAAAACGGGUUGCGACGAAACGAAACUGGACGAAGUUACAAUGAUGUUGGCUAUUGCAGUUUUCCUUCUACAUACGCCCUCUUCGCUGGUAUCAGUGCCAAAUUUGCAAUAUCCCUGUAUCAACCACUUCAGACAAUGCUUUCUCAGUGGCUCUCCCAUGGUUCGGUUAAAAUGUGUACAGACAAUGCGAUCAAUUUUUGUUAAUGCGGAUCUAAAGGUGUCAACUCCAUACAUUCACGCACUGGCACCGAGGCUCAUCGAAACGCUCUACGGUGAAUCUCAUCGGAACCCACAGAGUGACGUAGAGCUGGCUUUCAUUCUAGAGGGAAUAACUACAAUCGAAGCAUUAAUUACGGUUACGGAACCACAAAAUCAUGAACUAAUGCAAGGUAUUCAAAUGUUGACGCUUUUGAUUCCCAUCCUCAUCAACUAUCUGCUGGAGCCGGAACAGCAUCGAUCUAAAUCUAAACAGUGCUACCAAUUGCACGAACAUUCAUUGCAGGGGUUGAUGCGAAUAGGUCCAAAAUAUCCUCACGAAUUUAAAAUUUUCAUGACACAGCAACCGGAACUUCGAACCAAGCUUGAAACGGCCAUAAAGCGUAACCAGAUGAGCGCAAUUCAGGCAAAAAAUAAAACGGAAGCGGCCAAUGCAGCGGCUAAGGCCAGUGCUACUCAACAGCAGAAACCAACUAUUCAGCUUAAAACAGAUUUUAGUAAUUUUACUGCUACCUAAAAGCGCAUGAAUCCGAUACCAACUAAUAUUGAUAAAGGAAAUGCAUGUUAAAAGCUUACCACGAGUAGGAUCUUCUGAUAUGAAUGUUUAAUUGAGUAUAUAAUAAUCUAAAACAAUUCAGCCCCUCGCUCAUUAACUAAGGUCAAGCCUAAUCAAUUGCAUGAGCUGUAUUUUAAUCUAUCAUAUAUAGCCCUCGACUGUUAAAUUGAGCAAUCUGCUAUGGGAGUUCAUCCUACUAAAAUAGAAUUUUAUUUACAUUUCUGCAUAACUUAGUAAGCAACUGUUUAUGAAACUGUAACUCUAAUUGAACAAUAAAGUAUUCAUUCUAUACUCACUAA